AUGCGUCAAGUGCUUGUGAAUCCUUUAAGUGGCUACUACAUGCAUGGCGAUGUGUUUGGGCGACAGGGCGACUUUAUCACUUCACCUGAAAUCAGUCAAACCUUUGGAGAGUUGGCAGGUGUAUGGUAUUUGACAGAGUGGAUGCGUCUGGGAAAACCAGCGAAAACGCAGUUUGUCGAAUUUGGGCCAGGUCGAGGUACCCUGAUGAGUGAUAUCUUGCGUGCAUUAUCACGUUUCCCAUACUUUUACGAAACCAUUACGGAUGUUCAUUUGAUUGAAGCCAGCCCGGGACUUCGCAAGAUGCAACGAGCUACAUUGGUGGAAGGAUCGUCGGAUGCGGAUGUGACCCGGCUCGCUGGCGACAAGGAUACAUUUCCAGUUGAAACUAUUACGCGUCCCGACGGUGUCAAAGUAAAUUGGCACGACGGUAUUGAAGUGAUUCCAGACCAGUGGUCAUUUGUCAUGGCUCACGAAUUUUUCGAUGCGCUUCCCGUUCACAGUUUUGAGAAAACAGAGGAGGGUUGGCGGGAAAUGUUGGUGGAUAUUGAUGACACAGAUGAGUCUUGGAGUGUGAUGGAGAAGAUGGCUCAAUUGGUACAAAGAAACGGCGGUGCUGGCUUGAUCAUUGAUUACGGUCAGGAUCACAUCCAAGGUGACACGCUUCGUGCUAUUCGAAAACAUCGCAUUGUUCAUCCAAUGAGUGAUCCUGGAAGUGCUGAUCUAAGCGUCGAUGUGGAUUUCGAUAUGCUGAAACAGGUGGUCGCAAAGACGCAAGGAAUGGCCGCGUUUGGCCCAGUGACACAAUCCCAAUUCUUGCAGUCUUUGGGCAUCCAAUUGCGUUUGGAGAUGCUGCUAAAGAAUGCAAAGACACCUGAAAGUCGUAAAAAUAUGAUUCAAGGCGUGCAACGUUUAUUGGAUCCGGAACAGAUGGGAAGAAUCUACAAGGUGCUUGCUUUUGCCCACACCACCGAAUCUGCUCAAAGCCCCCCUGUAGGUUUUUAG